AUGGCUUCACUUGACAGGGUGAAAGUGCUGGUUUUAGGAGACUCUGGUGUGGGGAAAUCGUCCUUAGUUCAUUUACUUUGUCAGAAUCAGGUUUUAGGAAAUCCUUCAUGGACUGUGGGCUGCUCAGUGGAUGUCCGGAUACAUGAUUAUAAAGAAGGAACUCCUGAAGAAAAAACUUAUUACAUUGAACUGUGGGAUGUUGGUGGCUCAGUGGGCUGUGCCAGCAGCAUCAAGAGCACCCGAGCUGUCUUUUACAAUUCUGUUAAUGGUAUUGUGUUAGUGCACGACUUGACAAAUAAGAAAUCUUCUCAAAAUCUAUACCGAUGGUCAUUAGAAGCACUGAACAGAGAUUCAUCACCAACUGGAGUUAUUGUCUCAAAUGGCAGUGACUAUGACAGAGAGCGGUUUGCUGAAAACCCAGUGCCUUUGCUCCUAAUUGGCACAAAAUUUGACCAAAUUCCAGAUAACAAGCGCAAUGAAGUUCUGACUCGAACAGCUUUCCUUUCUGAAGAUUUCAACGCAGAGGAGAUAAAUCUAGACUGCACAAACCCACGGUACCUCGCCGCUGGAACUUCAAAUGCAGUUAAACUAAGUCGAUUCUUUGACAAGGUGAUAGAGAAGAGAUAUUUCACAAGAGAUCCAAGCCAAAUGACAGCGUUUACCGACAGGAAGCGGUUCAACUUUAAGAGUUUGCACUAUGACUAA